AAGCACUUGGAUUUGUAUUUACUAUUGACUGGAUCAGCAAUGUUUCCUUACGAGUACAAGUACGGUAACGACAUGUCGGCGAACGACGUACUCGUCACGGUUGGCAAAACAACGAUUUUACCUGUAAAACCUGUCACGCUGUCUACCUCACGUCACAAUGUGACGAACGUGACAACUGCUACAAAUAACUCUGAAGUUCCCAUGGAACUGAUGUCCUCGGAAACUCAGAGAGGGUUGAUAUUUCUCUAUACUGUCACAACUUUGUUGUCUGACGGAAAUGUUUUUGUCGUCGUAGUCUUCGCAAGGGGUCGACGUUCCAGGACUGACCUGAGGCCGUUCCUGAUCAACUUGGCCAUUUCAGACCUAGUGGCGUCGGUGUUCUGUUUGCCGUUCAGUUUCACAUAUGUUUUACUGGGGACAUGGGUUUUCUCCAAACCUAUGUGUCCCGUGGUUUUAUUCUUCCAGCUCUUGUCUGUAACAGCCAGCGUGUUUACCAAUAUGGCCAUUGGUGUUGAUCGCUUCAUGGCUGUUACCUUUCCGCUUCGCUCCAGAAUAACGUCGGCAAGAUCUAAGUUUGUGUUAGCGUCAAUAUGGAUCUUAGCCGUUUGUCUGUCGUCCGUUCAGCUGUUUGUGGGAAGAGCUAAGGAUGUAUCCGUUACGGAAACAAUCAAGGCGACCCAGUGCGAGGAAAACUGGUCCGAUCACGACCGCAGGAUAUAUACAUUAUUUAUAUUAUUUGUUACGUAUAUAUUGCCAUUAUCUAUUCUUACAGUGACUUACUCUAUUGUGGGCUGUGUUUUAUGGAGACGAACAUCCCCGGGAAAUGCCGAUCAAGCUAGGGAUAUGCAACAGCUUAAAUCAAAACGAAAGGUUGUCAAAAUGCUGGUGAUAGUUGUGCUGACCUUUGCCCUUUGCUGGUUACCGCUGCAUGCCUUUUUCCUCGUCACCGAUUUUAACCCCGAUUUGUUGAAGUUUGAAACUGCCGAGCAAGAACGGUUCUUGACAUCUUUGUAUUACUGCGCUCAUUGGUUGGCCAUGUCCAACUGUUUGGCCAAUCCCAUCAUUUAUGGCUUCAUGAAUGAGAGCUUCAGGGCCGACUUGAUCUGUUUGUUUUAUCGUUGGUUCCCGUGCUGUAAGUGCUUAAAGAAGAUGAUGCCAACGAAGACCAGCGUGUCGACAUAUUACACGGUGGAUGACCGAAGGAACAGUAACUUCAACUGCUACAGGCAGUCGAAGCAACUCCUGGCUGUUCGCUCGGAGAAUGGACACCGUCUCUUAUUUGAGGUGGACGCAUUAAACAACAAGGACAGCUCGGACGUUUGAACGACUCGUCCAUACGUCUAACGGGUCAUAGUGCGAGGAUCGCCCUCUGCUGGGGCCUUAACACCCACCAGAGAAAUCAGUCUGUGAUUGCGAUCGGUUUGGUUAUAUAACUUGCCACGGCGUCCGGAGAAAUAAUACACGCAGCACAAACUAAAACGUUGAUCUGUCUGCUUCAGCGUGAGUGAAUAUAUCAUUCCAUUUCAUAAACGGUCUCUUGAUAUUCACUGCCGAGAUUUUUGCUCUCAUAAAGCAGGUGUUAUUUGGGACCUCCUGGACAGUAGAAUGGUCCGGCCAAUUAAUUUUCGUAGGCAGAAAGCCAGCAUAACGUCCAGCUGCUCGGUGUCUGCCAGUGACGUGUAUCACUUGAUGAUACGGAGCGCAGACAUUUCCGUACAUUGUUUCUGACAGGCUGGAAAUACUUGUCCAAGAUAUAUUUUCCUGGUGG